UGCUCUGUCGGAAAUGGACGACUUUUCCCUUUACUCCAUUGGACUGAGCCGCUGUCUGUCGGUUUCCAUCACGCGUAACCCCGUCCGCCUCUCCGGGUCUCUGUCUGCUUAGACCGCCGUCAUAUUGGCUGCUAGAAGCAGCAGCAGCGACCACGGUAGAAAAGAAGACCCCCACCAUGACGAAGAACGGGUUUUCGCGGCAGCAAAAGAAUAAUAUAUAUAUUUAAAGAUAUUUGAUUAGUAUUUAACGAAUUCAUUUUAAAAUAUCGGGAUGAUACCGUCAAGUUUUCGCGUACCUUCAGUGCUUUCAUCUGACACCGUGGUCCGCAAGGGGGAUGUAUGCCUGACUUCUCUUAAUAGCCAUUUUUUGCAGACAAAGAGAGCUGUUGAAUAGGGCUUUCAAACGGCACAAGGGUCCGAGGGGCUCCUAUUGAUGAAGAAAGUGGGCAACAUGUGGAGCAACCUGAAGAGCAGAUGCCAGACACUCUUUCACAACAACAGCUCAGGACCCAGUGAGAGCAGGCUGGAGGCCGAUGGCGUCCACUGUGUGGUGGAGCUUGGAGGUAGCUCAGGUGAGGCGGAGGCAUCAGGAUCCUCCAGCCCAUCCCGGAGCCUCCUGCCAGUGCCGAUGGUCACAGCAGGACGGCGCCAUCACAACUGUGUGUCGGACAUCCCUCAGAUUGUAGAGAUUACAAUUGACAAGGACUCUGAGGAUGUGAGGGGGGGAUCAGGUGGUGUUCCCCUGGCCCGAAGAGACUCAUAUUCCCGUCAUGCUCCAUGGGGGGGCAAGAAAAAACACUCGUGUUCCACCAAAACCCAGAGCUCUCUGGAGACGGACAGGCGGUCCGGGCGCCUGCGGGGGAGCGGGAGCCGCAGGGACCGGCGCUAUGGAGUCAGCUCCAUCCAGGAGAUGAGCGACUCCGUAUCCGGAGGACGUAGUCUGAACGCCCGCUCUCUGCGCCAGCGGCUCAGUGACACCGUCGGGCUGUGCUUACCACUGCCCGCUCGCAGACGCCCCCGCUCAUCUAAGAACCCCAUCACCUCCAAACGUAAGAUCCACCUGACGGAGCUCAUGCUGGAGACCUGCCCCUUUCCACCGGGCUCCGACCUGGCUCACAAGUGGCACUUGAUCAAGCAACACACAGCACCGGUCAGCCCGCAUUCCUCCACAGCCCUGCUGGAUGCCUUUGACCCCGCCCACCCAUCACCCGAGGACGAGGAGGAACGCCUGCGUGAGCGCCGAAGACUUAGCAUCGAGGAAGGUGUGGACCCUCCACCUAAUGCACAGAUCCACACCCUGGAGGCCUCAGUGCCGGGCUCCUCUCUCUACAAACUGGGACCAAAGUUGGCUCCUUGCACCGGAGAGGCCUCUGGGGAGGGACGGGCGUCAGGGGCUGGCAGCUCUACGGGCGCCGGAUCAUCGGGGGCCUGUGCACAGGUGUUGGGGGCUGCGGUGUCAGCUCAGGACUGUGACUCAGAGGAGGAUUCCACCACCCUCUGUCUGCAGGCCAGGAGGCCCAAGCAGAGGCACGCCUCUGGGGACGGUCACCUGAGCCGGCAGCAACCCGGGCCCUGGAAGGUUCACACUCAGAUAGACUAUAUCCACUGCCUGGUGCCGGACCUGAUGCAGAUCACAGCUCUACCCUGCUACUGGGGCGUGAUGGACCGCUACGAGGCCGAGGCGCUGCUGGACGGCCGGCCUGAGGGCACCUUCCUGCUGCGAGACUCCGCCCAGGAGGACUACCUCUUCUCCGUUAGCUUCCGCCGUUACAACCGCUCCCUGCACGCCCGCAUCGAGCAGUGGAACCACAACUUCAGCUUCGACGCUCACGACCCUUGUGUUUUCCACUCUUCCACCGUCACAGGACUGCUGGAACACUACAAGGAUCCCAGCGCCUGCAUGUUUUUCGAACCGCUGCUUACUGCGCCUCUCCAUCGGACCUUUCCCUUCGGCCUGCAGCACCUGGCACGAGCCGCCAUCUGCCGCUGGACCACUUACGAUGGUAUAGGCUCUCUGCCGCUGCCCCCUGCCCUGCAGGACUUUCUCAAGGAGUAUCACUAUAAACAGAAAGUACGAGUUCGCUGGCUGGAGAGGGAACCGCAACUCAAGGUCAAAUAGGGUGGACUUCUCCAUUGCCUGUACACACACACACUGCAGGAGGAUUACAGAACUUAAGAAAUUCUUCAUCAGCCAAUUAGAGGCUAUAUUAACAUGGCUCUCUGGUGAGGGAUGGGAUUUAAAUGUAACAAGCUAUACAAGAUUCAUUCUAAUCUUUGUUUUAGUUAUUACUUACAUCACAGAAAAUACCUAUGAUUAUAUUCAGUAUAACGCUGUCUGGCAAGCACAUGUUUUUGUGUUGAACAGGUUGUUUUGACGGGGAGGGAAGGCACAAAUAUCAGUGCUUUGUGUCUUUGCUCUCCUGCUUUGUGCUAAAUGUCUGCCUGAUCCCACAACAUCACCCUGCCUGUAGACCUGCCUGCAUGCCUCCCUUACUCAUCGCAAUUUGCUCUUUAGGCCCACAUGGCUACAUUGUAAAGUUCACUUUGAUUUCUCCAUUUGUUUUCUUCCUUAGCUUGUCAAAGCACCUAGCGUAGCACCUUCCCGACAGGGUUUUAAGGUGUGUGGGUUGAGAGGUUUUGAUUUAUUGCAGUCAGAGCUUGUCCCAUGGAUGGAGCUUCGUAAGACACAUUCUUUGCCACCUCUUUGCACACAAUGAGCAUCAGCUAAGCCAGGGACAGAUUCUCAGAGGGUCCAUGGGUUCAGGACAGCACAUCAGGGAAAUGACGUGCUUUUAAGUACACAGAUUAGUCCUUUGAAAAACAGUACUUCCUCCUAAGGCAGUAAUAGUAAAUGAUGAAUCCGUCAACUGUGUCCUAUUUAGUCAGCAAGCUGAACUUAUCAACUUUAUUCCCACUGUGCAGCAUUGCUUUCAAAACGAAAUAUGUUCUCCCAUCGGUCCCUUUGAACAAUUACCAUUGUUACGUUCAUUCUUCAUUAGCCACAGAUGCUUCAGCUCUGAGCGCACAGUUCAUUUCAUCUUGUAUGAAAUCCAGCUCUUUGACACUUGUAACACUGUUGCUUUGAACAUUUGUUAGAGUAAGGAAUACUAACACGUCUUCGCAGGAAUUGAAAGCACGUGUGAUGAGCUGCAAGUGAGACAAAAAGAUGGAGUUUCGAUUUGAAAACAUGGAUGAAUUGAUCUGCUCAGGCUUGUCUGGAAAUACGCUGUCUCAUGAGAGGACACCAUAUUGUCAUACAUUGGGGAAAACUUCGCAAGAAUCUGCUUGUUGAAAUCAUAAACACCCACGAUUUGAUUGCAUUACAUUUUCCUACUUAAUUUAUAUUUCUUGUAUGAAACCAUUUUAAAUUGUGUUUUUAUGAAAAGCACUGUCACUAACAGGAAAGAGGUGAUUUAAUGUCCCCUACUUUACAACUUUAUUAAUAUAUAAGGUUUAGACACUAACAAACCCCCUUAUUGCCCAGUCGCAUUAUAGUCAUAGCAAUAGCACUAAAGGCUAACACUCGACUCUGGAGAGGUUGGCAUUACUCAGAGCUUUAGUCACGUCAUCUGAAUGAUUUUAGUUGUUACUUGGGACAAAAACACUGCUGCUGGCAAGCCGCUCAUUUGCUUCUCAUCCGGAGGGGAGAAUAAGUGUACCCUAUGUGCCUUUUUAAGAGAACCCUUUAUCUUAUUCCAUAAUCAGUUGCUUUGCAGUCCAAUCUGCAGCAGGAGGGACUGAAGAGAACAACAAUGAGAAGGUGCAUGAGCUCCAAGCUCACUUACUUAUGGUGCACGUUCAAGUUUUUGAUAACAUUUCAGCGGUGCUAUGUUGGAUAAGCUAUGACGGAUUAUUGAAUCGAUAACUCGUUCAUUAGUUCAAUGUGUUUUCACUCGCUCAAGCAUGCCGUUUUCUCCCCGUUAUCGUAGUAUUAGUUCGUUAGUGGGUCCAAUGCCAGCCCUACUGUAGCAUAUUGAAAGAUAUGCAUGUCUAAUCUGCAACAUCUGGACAUACAGAUCUGAUCCAACCUCUUAUGAAAGAUGUCAGCAAUUAGGUUUCAACUCAUUGAGAAAUAGUAUUUGUUCUAGCUCUUGUAAUAAAAACAAUACACAUCACUUAGUUUAAAAGAAAUUAAAUUACUUUACGAUUAGUUUUCUAUGGGUGAAGACCAGCAGCCCUUGUGGCGUGUUUUUUAACCAAUAUAAUCACAGAAUGCCACCAGGUGGUGUGUUUAAACUAAAAUAUGAAAGCUCAAACACACAUUGAAAUCAAUUCUCAAACUAGUUAAUGUUUUAGUUUGUGUGUACGCAUCAGCCCGUGUUUUAGAGAAUUGUAGUUCUCAUCAGUGAGGAUGAAUCACGAACAAAUGUUUCCCAUGAAUAUCUGAGCCUGUGACCAAAGCUCUUGCUACACAUCUAUGUGUAAUAACUAGUCGUAUUUCAAACCAGUGAAAGCUAGCUCCACACUACAGUAUGUUCCACAGCUUUUAUUUAUUCCGAACCUGGCCCUGUCGAGCUCACACCUACACACUGAAAUUAAAGCAGAAUAAAAACCUUCCCCCCGCCAAACCGUUAACGUGUUUUCACUCGUUAAUCAGGCAGGAAACAAGACACAUUUUAUGAAGGUGCUAAAAGAUAAUUGCUGUAGGUUAACGUUUCUCAUCUCUCCCUAACCCAUUUUAAUGUUCUCUCCUGCAUUGUGAACAUUUCUUCACAUAAGAGUCCCGAUCAUUUCCCGUUGCCCUGCACUUUGUUCUCAGAGAGCUUGAAUAUCGUGUGUGUGUUUGUGUUAGGAGGGGCAGGAGUGAGUGUUGAGCGGAGGAGGGGAAUAAGGUAGACAUUUGCUUGUAUGUGCACUUUCUGGAUUUUUUUAGCAUCCACACUGUCGAGUAGAAGAAAUGAAAACCCACACACAUUAGCUCACUCUCACCUGUCCAUCAUGCUCCUGCAAAGCAAUAGCAUCCUUUACAGUGACCUGCCCCCCUUGCAUAUUCACAGGCUAAUUUGACCAUGUUAAAUGUACCGGGUACUAAAAGGGCCACUCUGUGUUGCCUUAUGGCUGCUGUGUGGCUGAGGGAAGCCUUUUGUAUUUGUAUUAUUCUAUCCAACUGCUCUCCCUCCAUCUGGCCACAUCCCUCACAUCACUGUGCUGAUGUGGAGGGGGGGUCUUUAUCAGACCCCAUGUUAACAUAAAGGAGGAGGAAAGAUGGCUUCCUGUUGUGGCUUACAGAGAAGGCUAGGGAUUCGCUGAAGUAAAUAGCACUUUAAUCGUGUAAUUGUGUUCUACAGUGCAGUCUGGAAGUGUGCGGACAGUGACGAGUUUCAUUGUAUUGGCUCUUUACUCUGGCAUAUUGGACCUAAACUAAAAUAAGUUGUAUCCACAUUGCUGUAUAAAUGUACCUCUAUCAGAGACUUAAGUCAUCAUAUGUAGUAUUUGUCUGCUAUGGUGGUGUUCUGCCAAUUAUAAUCUUCAAUUAUUGUAACUGAUAUUGCCAUAUGAUUCAUAUCAGUGGGACUGCUCAUGUUUGCAUUGUAGUAGAAUAUAGUUUGACAGGAUUCGGACAUUGCAAUAGUCCGUAUGGAAAAUGCGAUACAAUUCUAAUGAAUUGUUCAGCCCUACUGCAAGGCUUUUAUUCUUCAGUCUUACUUGUUUUGGUAAAUACAAAAAUAUCCUCAGGUGGACUGAAGUCAGGUGACUUGGCCAAUCAUUGACAUUCUGUCUUGGCCCCUUAUUGGUCAUCUUGUCUGUAUGUUAAUGAUCAUUGCUUUACAAUACUUUUGGGUGGAGGUUUAUACAUCCAAGAUGGUUAUAAUCAUUCAAACAACACAAAAAGGCGCUUUAAUCUUUAUUUUUAGCUGUCAAUUCUAAUCCAAUAUGCUGCACUGCAGAGCCCAAACUGAAAAUGUCCAACUGUCCAAAUCUCUUAUGGACUGCACUGUCUGUGUUUUAGCUGAAAAUGGCGAGACUUGUGUGAGUGUUAAGCAAAGAGCCGGCGGUCCUGAGAUAUUUCACUUUAUAUUCAGGCAUUGUGGCGACGGAGGUGUGUUCUCCACCAUGUGUUGUGUGGGGGUGUAUCAGUGUAACGGACAGAGCCACGCGGAGGGUUCCAGUGGAGGGAGGAUGCAGAGUGGACUGUGAGGGGUGAUGACAGUGACUCCUAUGAACAAAGCCUCUCUGCCCCCCCCCCAAAACCCCUUUUAUUCUCAGGCAGGCCCAUUGCAAGGAGAGUCCCAGGACCCUCUCGACCCAGUUUUCCCCAUGGGAAAUAUCUGACAUUAACCGUAGCACAUGUUUGCCAUAUAACCCGUAGAUUUAGGAGGAGGAAAAAAAACAUUGUAUGUAUGAUGAAUGAUGGAGUAAUCUAAUAGGUUGAAAAUACGUGUUAAUCUUCUUUGGUGCAUUAACUGUCUGGAACACAAAACAUUUGCACACAUUUGCUAUCACACUUCUUCUGACACCUGCACUACCCCCGGUAUAGAGUGGUGUAGUGAUGAUGUUUUCUGUUUGCCAAACCCGGAAGCUGGCAUCACAAGCUCUCUCGACCAAAAGCAAUGACAUAUUUCCAUUGCAGUAUUUAAGAUUUGUGCUAAACACACAUUUAUGAUACUUGCACACUUUGUUCAGCAGGUUAAUCGUUACAUAUUAACAAGACUUGUAUUAUAUUUGAAGUAUAAAUGUAAUCCCUAGAAUGAAAUGGCUUACCUAAGGCUAUAAAAAAACUAUGGCUGGACAUUUGGCCGUGUGUCACAACCGCUAAGCUAAAGGUGGCUACUGUUCGUUUUGUCGUCCCAUUUAGCCAUUUGUUAGCAGCCACCAAGCAUAGAAGCUUCAGAAAUUCACAAGUGGGGAAUUUUAUUGACAUCGCUGAACAAAAUGUGCAAAUAUCUUAAGCUUGUGUUAACCACAGACAGAAAAGUUUGAGACGAGGGAACCCAAACAUGCUAAAAUGCUAACUAAUUUCUGAGUUUUAAGACUCCUGCACCACUCUAUCCACACCCUCCCACCACCCCACCCCUAAAGCCAGGAAUGUGUAUAACAUGGACCACAUUUAGCCAGCACCACCUUUCUGUGUUACUCCCCGCCACCACCCCCCAAAAAAAAGGGAGAGCAAAGACUGGUGUUAACGUGUAUAUUCUAUGUUCUCAAGGAAAAAAGACGAAAUUGCCGUGAACUAUUUUGACUUUAUAUUGUCAUUAGUAUGACACUAUUUAGCUGCACUAUGAGAGCCUCAAUUGUGGCGAGAAACCACUGGGUGGAUCUGGUUUGAGACGCUAGCUGUCCCACUAAACUACAGCAACACCCCCCGCAUGAAGGACUCCUUAACCACCCCCCUUCCUCCACCACCACCACCUAGGUACGACUCAUGGUUUCAGCCCUUAGAGGACAAACAAAACAAAAGAUAUUUUAAACUUUUUUUUUUUUUUUUCAUGUUCCCAUAUAUAUUUUGGAAAGCUCAGUUAAGUGCUAUAUGCAAACAGAAAAACUAGUAUGAAAGAAUUAUUAUUUUCAUUAUUACUUCUCCCUAAUAUGCAAUGGAGUAUCGUGUAACAAUGGUUGCAAUCGUCUGUCACUUUAAUGCUGUACGUGCACAUUGGUUGCUGUGUGGAUGUGGGUGCCGAGGCAACAGGACUUGACAAUGAUGGGAACUAAUGGUUGUCACUCCGCAGCACCGCCGUGUUCCCAGACCGCCUUAUUCGUUCUGACCAAUCACAAGAGCCCUCCUCUAAAGUCCCGGGCCGCAGCCACUGCCACAGGCCGAGCAAGCUGUCGUCAGACGAGUAUCGCCGUUCCAUUUCUUCUUCUGCUUUUCCUUGCUUUUUUUUCUUUCUUUACUUCUGCUGUCAGGUAGGAUUUGAAGCGUGUAAAUGGCAUAAUCAUGUUUCACAUUUCACUGUCUGUUCCGUGUAUCUGCUUCACCAUUCAAAGAGAAAAAAAAUACAGUUGUUUUCCAGUAUAACCUGUUCAUUUUUAAGAGCCGUAUGAUGCGACACUUGUAGCUGUCACUCUUGGUGCUUGGCUUACGCUUCAUUGUCUUAAUAUUCCAAAUAAAACUGUUAAGUGUAAUCCACACUGGCCCAUAAUAUAA